GCAGGGGGGCGGGCAGGAGGCCGUGACGCCCCUGCCAGUACAUAACAGUCUGCAGUCAGACUGAGACUCAUCCUGCUGCGGAUCCGCCUUAAAGCUCUCUGGACCCGGGCUAGUUCCUCUCCUCGACCACGAGCAUGGCAGAUUACCUCAUCAGCGGCGGGACGGGCUAUGUCCCCGACGACGGUCUCUCGGCGCAGCAGCUCUUCUCCAUCGGAGACGGCCUCACGUACAACAGAUGUGACCAACAGUGUGUUGUCUCGGAUGGUUGUACGGCUGAAGAGCUUUGCUCUAAAGGAGAUGGGUUGACUUACAACGACUUCCUGAUCUUACCUGGUUUCAUCGACUUCACCUCCGACGAAGUGGACCUGACGUCGGCCCUCACCAGGAAGAUCACCCUGAAGACGCCGCUCAUCUCCUCCCCCAUGGACACCGUCACAGAGUCGGCCAUGGCCAUCGCUAUGGCGCUCAUGGGCGGCAUCGGCAUCAUCCACCACAACUGCACCCCCGAGUUUCAGGCCAACGAGGUCCGCAAGGUCAAGCGGUUCGAGCAGGGCUUCAUCACAGACCCGGUGGUCAUGAGUCCGCGCCACACGAUCGGCGACGUGUUCGAGGCCAAGGUCCGACACGGUUUCUCCGGGAUUCCCGUCACGGAGACGGGGAAGAUGGGCGGCAAGCUGGUGGGCAUCGUCACGUCCAGAGACAUCGACUUCCUGUCUGAGAAGGAUCACAGCAGACCGCUGGAGGAGGCGAUGACGAAGAGGGAGGAUCUGGUGGUGGCUCCCGCCGGCGUCACGCUGAAGGAAGCCAACGACAUCCUGCAGCGGAGCAAAAAAGGUAAACUCCCCAUCGUGAACGACCAGGACGAGCUGGUGGCGAUCAUCGCCCGGACGGAUCUGAAGAAGAACCGGGACUAUCCUCUGGCCUCCAAGGACUCCAAGAAACAGCUGCUGUGCGGCGCCGCCAUCGGGACCCGGGAGGACGACAAGUACCGGCUGGACCUGCUGGUGCAGGCCGGGGUGGACCUGGUGGUGCUGGACUCGUCUCAGGGGAACUCGGUUUACCAGAUCGCCAUGAUCAGCUACAUCAAGCAGAAGCACCCGGAGCUGCAGGUGGCGGGAGGAAACGUGGUCACAGCCGCCCAGGCCAAGAACCUGAUCGACGCCGGCGUGGACGCCCUGAGGGUCGGGAUGGGCUGCGGCUCCAUCUGCAUCACGCAGGAAGUGAUGGCGUGCGGCCGGCCCCAGGGCACCUCCGUCUACAAGGUGGCGGAGUACGCGCGGCGCUUCGGCGUGCCGGUCAUCGCCGACGGCGGCAUCCAGACGGUGGGCCACAUCGUGAAGGCCCUGUCUCUAGGCGCGUCCACGGUCAUGAUGGGCUCGUUGCUGGCGGCGACCAGCGAGGCGCCCGGCGAGUACUUCUUCUCGGACGGCGUGCGGCUGAAGAAGUACCGCGGCAUGGGCUCGUUGGACGCCAUGGAGAAGAGCACGAGCAGCCAGAAGCGUUACUUCAGCGAGGGCGACAACGUGAAGGUGGCGCAGGGCGUGUCGGGCUCCGUGCAGGACAAGGGCUCCAUCCACAAGUUCCUGCCGUACCUCAUCGCCGGGAUCCAACACGGCUGCCAGGACAUCGGCGCCCGGAGCCUGUCCGUCCUCCGGUCCAUGAUGUACUCCGGGGAGCUCAAGUUCGAGAAGAGGACCAUGUCGGCGCAGGUGGAGGGCGGCGUCCACGGACUCCACUCAUUCGAGAAGCGGCUCUACUAGCAGGAGACGGCGGUGAAGUGCAGCUCGUGUCCAAUCAAACGGUGACCAAAUGUUCCAUCACCUCUUCAGCCAAAACCCCCAACUCCACAAGCCCCGCCCCCCCCGCGGCGUAGCCCCGCCCCCUCAUCUCUCUCUCUCCCGCUCCCUCGUCCCGCCGACCCGGAGGCGAGAGGAGCGUCGCAGCGAGGAGAGGAUCUUCGACCUUCGACCAGCCCGGACUUUGCACUUACGAAGCGACCCGCCAAUCACACAUGUGACCCCGCCUCCUCGUGUGCGACAGAACCGUUGGGAUGAACGAGUGAAGGUGCACUCGUCCCGUCAGAUUCGGCCGCCGCGGCGCUAGUCCAAAAGGGGGCGGAGCCUCGCCGGCGCCACUCUGGCGGCGUCCACACAUCUCUUUAUGUUGUUCUUUGUUCAUUUGCGUUUCUAAGUCCGCGGAGCCCCGUUCCCCCCGCCGCCUCAAACUGAGCCAAACAAACACGGCCCCGCCCACUUUUGGGGGCGGAGCCAACACGGCUGAAGACCAAUCAACACAGACAGUUAAUGAUCUCCGGCCCCCCCCCUUUAGCCCCCCAGGGGGGGGGCCGCCGACCAGAGCAUGAAGGGUUUUGAUAUGCAUGUUUGUUUUUUCACGGCCGAAACGCGGCUCUAUUUAUAUUUGCGUGCUUUUUUCCGAACGUCUCGCGUCUUUUACACUCUUCUUUUGUAACUCGAGACCAAACCCGGUACGACGGCGUCGUCCGUCUGUGUCCCCCCCCGCCCCCCACCAGAGAUUUGCCUUCAAACGGCCGGAAUCAGAAGCUGCAGGCGACGACCCCCCCCCAAAACCCCCCCGCCUCGUUUCCUGUCAGUCGCUCAGCUUCUCUGUCGUUUAUUCUCGUCGGAUCUAACGAGCGAAGCCCCGCCCCCCCCCACCUCGUCGCCGGGGGCGACUUCACUCAGACGUAUCAUGUGACCCGGACCUGCAGGGCCGGAUGUUCGCCGGCGUUGGGCCGGACCUCUGCGGCCCCCCCAAGCCCCCCCCAAGGAAGAGUGGAGUCAGGUUUUUAGAUAUGUCUUAAUAAUGUUACCACCUCCCCCUCACCCCAAAAGAAGAAGCACAACUAUAAUAAGUCUCUUUAAGUUUCUCUUUUUGUAUGAGUUCAGCUUCUUGGCCGUUGCCGUGACGACGGCUCCAGCAACCAAAACCACCAUCUUUUUUUUUUCUUUUCUUUUUCACGUCGGUGGAGGAGAGAAAAACAAACACUCAGUAUUUAGUGAAUCCGUUAGGAGGUUUGGAGGAAUAUCACUUCAGAAUAAUGUUUACAGAGGAACAAUCAUGAGAGGAAAGUUGCUUUUGCUGUUCAAUAAUGUCGAAAAAAAUGAAAAAUAAAAGCAUAAAACUGUG